AUGGCCCAACCAUCAAAACAAGGCCACCAAGCCCAGCAAGGCCAACCCGGGCCAUCCACCCAACGGCCCUCACCACCCGGCUCCCCCCUCCCCGUCACACCCCCUCCGCCAGCCUACGGCGACUCCCUAGAUCACUUCAACCUCUCACAGGCCGGUUUCCAAGCCGGCGCCGCCCUGACUGAAGACGGCCGCAUCAACAUCCAAAUCUCCGAGAAAAACCACAGACUCUCUCAACUCCUCGCUCCCGCCCUCCGGAACCAGCUUUUAGGCCAGCCCCCUUCCCCGGCCACCGGCCCCUUACCACCGCCUUAUAUUCCCGCCAGCCUAGGCGGACAGCCGGGCCAGACGCCCCCUCCCCGACUGAAUGUUGUGAUCCAGAUCGUUGGAUCUCGGGGAGAUGUGCAACCAUUUGUGUCGCUGGGCCAGACGUUGAAGCAGACAUAUGGACAUCGGGUGCGGGUUGCUACGCACCCGGUGUUUCGAGAGUUUGUGGAGGGGAGUGGACUGGAGUUUUUCAGUAUUGGUGGGGAUCCGGCCGAGUUGAUGGCUUUCAUGGUCAAACACCCUGGACUGAUGCCGGGGUUUGAUGCGAUCAAGACGGGAGAGAUUACGAAGCGGAGAAAGGGAGUUUACGAGGUGCUGAUGGGAUGCUGGAGGAGUUGUAUUGAGGCUGGUGAUGGGACGGGGCCGGCGCCGAAGGAAUGGAGGAAGGGGGAUAGGAACGCCGAGGGCGCGUUUAUCGGGGAGGAUGGAUGGACAGUGUCCGGGGAGGCAGGAGUGAAUAUGGGGAGGAAGCCGUUUGUGGCAGAUGCGAUCAUUGCGAAUCCGCCCAGCUUUGCGCAUAUUCAUUGCGCAGAGAAACUGGGGGUUCCGUUGCAUAUGAUGUUUACGUACCGAGCCAAGGAGCACAUCACUGAUGGUCAGCCGUGGGAUCCCAUCUCAGCUGUCACAGCAGCUUUGGUAGAGGACCUCGGAACAAUGGCCAUGUCGGUUGCUGAUUUUCCCAGGGAGAUCUUCAAGACCAACCAGGGUAGAAAGGCUAGCAACGCUGCCGGGGGCAACGGGCAGACUUCAGGGUCUAAUACACCAGCCGACGGAGCUCAGGAGUCUUCGUCUCCCCAAGCGCACGGAGCCCUCAGCCCUGAAGGCCAGCCAGAGUCUUCUUACUUCCCUGCUACAGCGACAGAGGAUAAGGGGAAGGGGAGAUCGGUGCCUUCGCCUUUUCAUAGCCGGCAAAGCUCUUUCAAGGAGUCGUCCAACCAGCGUUCUGCAAGCGGAGGUCAGCGUCCAACAACACCAGGUGGCACGGCAAACAUCUUUGGCACUGCCAGUCCUCAGUUGAACCUAGAGGCGUUGAACUAUGAGACGGUUCUCGACGCAAGCAGGAACGUGGGUCGCUUUGUCGACACGGGUAUGAAGAUGCCCAUGAACGUCUGUCUCGGUCUUGCUCGUGGCUUCCGCAACGCUCCCCGCCUGUACAACGACGACACGGUUCGACCUCAAGAGAAGGUAACUGACUUCGCUUCCGGGUUAAGAGUUGCAACCAAGGAAUUUGGGUUUGGCCUAUUUGACGGCAUUUCAGGUUUAGUAACUCAACCCAUGAGGGGCGCAGAAAAGGAAGGCGCCAUGGGACUCCUUAAGGGAUUCGCCAAGGGUAUCGGUGGAGUUGCGCUGAAGCCCGCUGCUGGGUUCUGGUCCAUCCCAGCUUACGCUAUGCAAGGACUCAAUGCCGAGGUCAGGAACUUGAUGAGAGGCGGUGGCUGGGUGAACCAUAUCAUCGCCGCGAGGGCGCAGCAAGGAAGAGAUGAGAUCGAGUAUGCGACCAAAGAGGAGGUGAAGGAUGUCGUGGCUAGGUGGCAAGAGAAGAGAUGGGAAGAUCCGGCUAAGGGUGGCUUGAGGGAUUGGGUGAAGACCGAUGUCCUGGGAAAAGGAAAAGGAGCCGCCUCACCUAGCACGGCAUCUGGAGGAAAUGUCAGCAGCUCUGGCCAGGGACAGGCUCGUAGCGGAGUUGCUGCUGCAGUCGGAGCAAGCACCGAUGCCGAACUGGAAAAGGCCAUUCAGGCCUCGAUUCAGCAAACGUCCAAGGGUAACCCAGAGGAAGAUGCUGAAAUUGAGGCUGCAAUCAGACUCAGCCUUGCUCAGAUGGAGCAACAAACGGCUUCGCAAGCCCAGCAGCCGCCUCAGUAUGAUGGAUCCGUACCAGCUAGGUACGAAGAGCUCAAAUCACCUCCAGGUGCUUGGCCACAAACAGUGUCCGCUCCGCCUCCCCCUGCCUCAGAGGUGUUAUCACCAGGGGCACCACCGCCAGCAUAUUCAGCCGAAUAUCAACAGCAACCCCCGCCCGAGAAGUCAUCGCUUGCGCAGGCCAUGAUUGAUGAGUACUUCACCGGCAUUACGGACGAGGAACACCAAGCUCUAAUCGAAGAGGCCGUUCAGCGGAGUAUUCGAGCCCAGAUGUAUCAACAAUCGACUAUGAGCGCCAAGGAGGAGAAAGAACUCCAGAAGGCGAUCGAGGCGUCGAAGUCAAGUUACACUUUUGGUGUGCCUCCUCCGCUGCCGGCUCGUCAGUUCAGCGGAUUCACUCCUAUUGCCACACCUAGUACGCCCAACAAUGGAGAGACAGGCGAAGACCCUGAAGAGGAGGAAGAGAUGAGGAAGGCAUUGGAAGAAAGUGAACGGAUGGAUAGAGAGAGGAGGGAGCAGGAAGAGAGGGAGAAGAAUGAAGAGACGAUUGUCUUGGAGUGGGUCAAGAAGCAGAGUCUGGCUGAGGAGCAGUUCAGAGGAAAGAGUCAAAGGGGCCUUGGUGGUGGUGAAGGAAGUGGGAGUGCUGAGGCUCAGGUUCAACCUCAGCCCCAGGGACAGAUCCAACCACAGACCCAACCACAGACCCAGCAACAGAGCCAGGUGCAGCCUCAGAUACACCAGGCGCCACCUCAAGUGCCAGUUAAAGUUCCGCAGCAACCUCAGGAGCAAAUUCCGAACGAAGGCCACAGAGCCCCAGGAGGUGGUGAUGCUGAUACGCACCAUGGGCCCAUCCAAAUGGAGGACCGGGACUGGGAUGAAGACGAGGAGUUUAGGAAAGCUCUUGAGGAAAGCAUGAGGAUGAGUGGUCAGGGAGAUGCCAAGGGGCAGUGA